GGCCCGUCGAGAGUCGCUUCUUCUUCAUCCUCCUCCCAGUGUGCCUCUCUGUGGCUGGUCUGCCGUUACUUUCACCCAAGAGACAUGAGUGGAAGCCAUCAAAACUUGAAUGGUUCGCUCUCCCCCCAUCAUCACGCUUCAUGCAGCGCAUCUGUGCUGCCGCUGGUUAUCCUCAACUCUUGCUUGCAGGGCAUAAUCCCGGAAUUACACCACUUCAAUGCCCUCAUUGGCUCCAAGCAUCACACUGCUACUCCCAUUCCAGAAGGCAUACUCUCCCAACCGGACUUCAAGACCUGGUUACACGUACCUAGGUAGGUUGAACCGUAGGAUGAACUGCUGACUUCCCAGACCACCUGCCCUCGGUCCUAGUCCUAUACAUGCUCUUUAAACCCUAAAAGCCCGGGGGAUACUCCGUGGUCCGAACUCCGAUCUCUUCCUCUCCUCUUCACAUAUUGAAACGGGGCUUGCGUGGUCAAAAUGUUUACUUCUAUAGGACUUGCUGUAUUACUGAUGCUACUAUUUACCUCGCUUGUGCGAGCAACUGCUCAGGAUGACUGUGGAACGAACCAGAAUCCAUAUUGCGCGGGAAACAGUCUGCUGGAAUCAUUGUGCUGUCCAUAUCCCAAUGUCUGUUACUGGCAGAACCGCGACGGUGCUCCAGGGUGUUGUCCCCAAGGACAAGUGUGCAAUGGACAACCCUACAAUGCUCCCACCACCUGGCAUGCUACAACCAUAGUCGCCACUACAACGGAGAAAUCAAAGUCUACUUCAACUCACCACGCUUCGACUGUCACCAGCUUUGUUCCUGCGGGAGGCGGCGGCGGCGUUGUUAUCACUCCUACCACCCAGCCUAGCAUUGUCACUGUUACAAGCGACAACAACAAGGCGAGCCAAGUGGAAUCCAAGGUCUCUUCUGGCGUGGCCAGCGUAUAUUCCACAGUCACAUCUGCCGUUAUUGGCGUCUACUCAACCGUGACUUCUAAUAUUGGGCAAGGCUUUGCCACUGUUUCCGGAGUGUUGGUGAGCGGUGCUCCACAAACGAUGGUCGUUUCAAUAGUAUUGCCGUCGGUGGUCGCAUUAUGCAUCCUUGUCUGGAACACUGCUGGAUAAUGCAGACCACGCAGAAUAGGCGUGGUUAAAUCAGCCGGACCCGUUUCCGAGGCCAUUGUGCUGAGAUUCGACGCAGUUAAAACCAUCAGUCCUUGUGGUGCUCGAGGCAAGGUGCUUUUCAGCUGGGUUACGCUGCGCUUAUCCGAAUCAAAUGGGCUGAUGUUCAACCAAUUCCAAUGCACGUCUUCGAUACAGUGUGCUAUGGGACAUUUACUUUUUUAAUCUCGAUUUGUUGCCAGUAAACACGGGUGCCCCUGGUGCCAAUUGCAACACGUACAGAUUCGCCCAAUCCGACACGUUUGCUUAAUUGCAAGUUGGAUGCUGUGCAUGGCAGUUUGAUCACCCUCACAUUUCAGAGCAUCACCGAGCGCAGACAGUCUGGUCAGUCCCACAGCAUCGCGGAUUAUUUCGAUUAUUUCGAUUGUGCUGCUCCCUCUUCCUCCUCGAUUGAUGCAGGAACAUGAACAAACCCCGGAACCGUGACAGAAUUCAAGUUUCUCAUGGCCUGGAUUGAAAGUUGCAAUAUUAGCCGGAUGAUUUUUUGAGAAUCCAUCUCUGUGCCUCUCACGGGAGAAGUUCCGAGCAACGCAAGGAAAGAAUAGGUGCAGACAAUUUGCGUGGUCUAAGAACUGAAAAGAACUUACCUUGGCAAAUGGUCCGUCAGGAGGCAUCUCUCCGCCCCAUCGAUCCACGACCUUCUUGAUCUUCUGACCGUCAUCGGUAAGAUACACAAGCACGCCACUGUCGAUGAGUUCGUCCUUUCCCACGCCUUUUAUCCUAUACCUGUCCUUGAGAUGCAAUUCAAUGGGAUUUCCCAGGGACACGAUCUCGGCAAACUCCUGCUUCACAUCACUCAUUGUCGCCACUACGCCAUACCACUGCGCCUCAUACUGCUUGCGUCCCUCAGCGAUGGUCAGCGGGUCCUGAAAUGAGCCGUCAUCCGCCCACAGGCUCAGCUUGCGCUUGGACGGCCGGCCUGCGAAGAGGUCCAUGACACUGCCGAUGAGGAGAGAUUGGUGAGGAGUCAGUUCACUGCCGCUCGGGGCCGGCGGCACGCGGGCUUGGAUAUCAUAUUCCGCGAAAGAUGCUGGUUGUGAUGAUGAUUCAGAGGGGUGAGAAGUUCCCGAGCUGGUCAUGAUGGGUCGUUGUGUCGAAGGCCCUGAAUGAAACGGUGUUGUGAACGAAGUGGAGGAAUGGUGUCAACAACAAUACCAACAGUCGCUGGUCGGCUGGAGCUGUUUGUUGGUCGUGAAUAUGAUUGUCGGAGACAGAGGCGUUGUCAACGUCUCACCAAGGGUGGAUAGGAGAAGAGAAGAACUUUGGUUUGAGACUGGGGCUGGAACUGCUUUUUCGCAAUACCGUUGAUUUGUGGAAUGUUAAUGUCUCGAAAAUACUGCCUUAGUAGUUGCUGCAAGAUGUUGGUAGGACUACUGCCGGUAUCUACUAGUAUAGGUGUGUAGAUAGGUAUCUAGAUGUAGGCAGUGGUAACCAGGUACAUUGCAUGAUGUACGGACAGUCUGAAGCAGACAUCAUGAUUUCAGGUGUCUGUAAACUCCCUG